CCCUCCAUAUCAUGUGAUUCAGGUGUUCCAAGUCCCUCUCCAUAUCAUGUGAUUCAGGUGUUCCAAUCCUCUCCAUAUCAUGUGAUUCGGGUGUUCCAAUCCCCUCCAUAUCAUGUGAUUCCGGUGUUCCAAUCCUCUCCAUAUCAUGUGAUUCCGGUGUUCCGAUCCUCUCCAUAUCAUGUGAUUCAGGUGUUCCAAUCCUCUCCAUAUCAUGUGAUUCAGGUGUUCCAAUCCCCUCCAUAUCAUGUGAUUCAGGUGUUCCAAUCCCCUCCAUAUCAUGUGAUUCAGUUGCUCCAACCCCCUCCAUAUCAUGUGAUUCAGGUGUUCCAAUCCCCUCCAUAUCAUGUGAUUCAGGUGUUCCAAUCCCCUCCCAAUCAUGUGAUUCAGGUGUUCCAAUCCCCUCCCAAUCAUGUGAUUCAGGUGCUCCAAUCCCCUCCAUAUCAUGUGAUUCAGGUGCUCCAAUCCCCUCCAUGGACACAGGUAUAUACAAUCAAGCCCCUAGGCAUGCAGACUGCUGCUACAAACAUUGGUGAAAGA